UGGGCGUGCGGGGGCGUGGCCGAGCCGGCGGGAUGAAGGAGGACAAGGAGAACACCAGGCCCAAGGAGAAGCGCGGGGUGCCCGCGCCGCCCCCCGCACCGCCCCCCGCGCCCGACGCCGACCGGCCCAAGGACAAGAAGGAGACGCUCAGCAAGGUUGUAAUUCGGCGCUUGCCUCCCAGUCUGACCAAGGAGCAGCUCGAGGAACAUCUUCAGCCUCUGCCUGAACAUGACUAUUUUGAAUUCUUUGCCAAUGAUUCCAGUUUGUAUCCUCACAUGUUUUCCCGAGCCUACAUCAACUUUAAAAACCAAGAAGACAUAGUACUAUUCAGGGAUCGUUUUGACGGUUAUGUUUUUGUUGAUCACAAAGGUCAGGAAUAUGCUGCCAUAGUGGAAUUUGCACCAUUCCAAAAAGCUGCAAAAAAGAAGAGUAAGAAAAAGGAUGCCAAAACUGGGACUAUUGACGAUGACCCAGAGUAUAAGAAGUUUUUGGAAAGUUACAGUGCAGAUGAUGAAAAAUUAACAUCUACUCCUGAAACGCUACUGGAGGAAAUAGAAGCAAGAAACAAAGAGCUAAUAGCGAAAAGAACAACGCCUCUUCUGAACUUCUUGAAAAAUAAGCAGAGACUGAGAGAGGAAAAGAGAGAGGAGAGGAGAAGGAGAGAACUGGAAAGAAAAAGACAAAGAGAAGAAGAAAGGAGAAAGUGGAAAGAGGAGGAGAGAAGGAAAAGAAAAGAAGCAGAGAAAUUGAAGAAAGUAGAAAGAUUUCCAGAGAAAGAAAGGGACAAAUCAAAAGAUGAACCAAAGAUUAAGCUACUUAAAAAGCCGGAGAGAGAGGAACGCGAUUUGGAGAGAAAGGAAAAGUCCAAGAAGCUGGAAAAAGAGAGGGAGGAAAAAAACAUUGCUGCCCUAAGUACUGUAUCAGCCAAACGAUCUGACGGGGAGGCAAAAGAGGAGAAGGCAAAAAAGUCUGAAGAUGAGUGUGGAAAAGACUACAGGGACCGGGAUAGAGACUUUGAGAGAGACCGAGAAAAACUGAGGCGCCAAGAUGAUGACCGCCGCAGACAGAGAGAGCGCUUUGAUAGAGAGAAGGUUUUUAGAAGAAAAGAGGAAGAGGUGAAGAAGGAGAGAGACUCAUUCAGAGAGAAAGGAAAGAAAAGUGAUCUUAUGGACUUCGCAAGUAAUCCCGAUAAAUUUGAGAGAGCAACCAAAGAUGACAAAAAAGAGGAUCCAAUUAAGAGAGAUCGGAUCAGAAACAAGGAUCGUCCAGCAAUGCAGCUAUACCAGCCAGGAGCCCGAAGCCGAAGUCGACUUUGUCAGUAUGAAGACAGUGCUGCAAAACCUUCAGAUCAGGGAACAGAUAAAAAACAGGAAAGUGAGACCAGUAACACAAAAGAGGAGGAGUGAUUAGCAUAUGGCCUUAUGUGUUCUGACUGUCUGCGCAGCCAAAGAGGAUGUCUACGCAAUCCAGAAGUGCCUUCAAAGAGGAGAAGGAAUGAAGGACGAAAAGGGGGCUUCGUGCUGUUGGAUGUUUCUGGUUCAAGAACCUCAGUUGCAGAUUCAGACCUUGAAAUGCAUUCUCAUUUGUAUUUUCAGUUGCCCAGAUUUAUUUUUACAGCAUAAGAGAAUAGGGGAGAAGAAAACAGUUGAAAGUGGGAGUGAUUAUUUGUGGCCUUAAGUAUAUUGAUAAACAUGAGUUGCAGUCAGGAGGUUGACACCUGGAUCUACAAGUGGAACUUUUUUUGUUGUUGUUUUGUUUUGGGUUUUGUUUUUUUUUGGUGGAGCAGUUACGAGACCUGUUUUUGAUGCACUUAUAAGUAGAGCAAGCUGACCUCCUAUAUUGCUAUGGGGUGUGGGGCUUGUGCCUGGACCACAAUAGUUAACUAAUAAAUAGCAUAAUUCUUGGAGGUUCUUGGACUAUGGCUGUCGGUGGUCCAGGGAACCAUACCCAAGGAACAAGACCCUGUAGGAAGUUUGGAAAGGAGAGAGGCUUCUGCCGAUGCUUUCAGUUAGGGAAGCAACAGAAAUUGAUGAUCUAAGAGAUUGAAGUUUAUGGAGCUGGUUACUACAGGAUAUUUCUUGACAAACCAUGAAGCAAUGUUUAUUCAGCUCUAGCUGUAGAGAGUAUCUGAUUCUUUUCUCAAGCAUUCCCUUUUGUUUUCUGUGUCUUUAAGAAGUAGGAAACUCUUGCCAUUUCAGUCUCUGCUUCCUCUUUCUAGAUGCACUGGAGUAUUAUGUCACAGCCCAGAAAAGAAAUGUUACCACUAGUGGCUCCUUUUAAGCUAGCAAAUUUUAGCCAUAGUUAUUUUGUACUAAAACCAAUAAAAACUGUGAGAAAACACUGAAACUA